UUGACUGUGGGAGGGCACCUCAACUCAUAAAGUGGAGAGCGACUCCAGUGAGGACGAUAGAUACGUCACCCUCCUGCCUCCCCCUCCCGCCUUAAAGAGGCGAGCCGGCCAACACGGCUCGGACUUUCUCCUUGGGCAGAAUCAGCGCGAUGAAGAGCAGAACCGAGCCGGCAACAUGCGCUCUAGGCUCCCGCGGACCGCCUGCCUACUGCGCCUGGUUGCACUCUGCAUCAUUCUGUCGCACAGCGCGGCUUACUUUGGGCUGACAGGGCGGGAGCCCCUGGUCUUCCUGCCUGGCCACUUCUCCAACGAGCCGGCGACAGGCAAGGCCCAUCUGAAGCAGUGCGAGCAAAUGGUGCUUUCCCGGCGGCAGAAGAGGCUGUGCCGACGCGAGCCCGGCUUGGCCGAGACCCUUCGCGAGUCGGUGCGCCUCAGCCUGCUGGAGUGCCGCUACCAGUUCCGCAACGAGCGUUGGAACUGCAGCCUGGAUGGCCGGGGGAGCCUCCUGAAGAGAGCUUUCAAAGAGACGGCCUUUCUCCUGGCGGUUUCGUCGGCGGCGUUAACCCACGCCCUCGCCAAAGCGUGCAGCUCGGGUCGCAUGGAGCGCUGCACCUGCGACGACUCGCCCGGCAUUCAACACCGGGAGGCUUGGCAAUGGGGGGUGUGCGGCGACAACCUCAAGUACAGCACCAAGUUCCUCAAGAGGUUCCUGAGCCAGAAGAGGGUCAGCAAGGACUUGAGAGCUCAAGUGGACGCCCACAAUGUCAAUGUGGGAAUUCGGGCGGUAAAGAGCGGCCUCAAGACCACCUGCAAGUGUCACGGGGUAUCCGGCUCCUGCGCCAUACGGACUUGCUGGAAGCAGCUGUCCCCGUUCCACGACACGGGCCGGCUGCUCAAGUACCGCUACGACACAGCCAUGCGGGUUCUCAGCGUCACCAACGUGGCAACCGGCGAGAGCGAGCUAGCGGGGCCGCGUCGCCACAGCCAGAGUCUCCGCACCACCGAUUUGGUCUACCUGGAGGAGUCGCCCAGCUUUUGCCGGCCCUCGCGCUACUCGGCGGGCACGGGCGGACGCUCGUGCGCCAAAGACACCAGCUGUCAGAACCUGUGCUGCGGCCGCGGCUACAACACGGCCAUGCGCCUCACCAGCCUCUCCUGCCACUGCCAGGUGCGCUGGUGUUGCCACGUCGAAUGCCAGACGUGCGUCCGUGAGGAGGAGGUGUACACCUGCAAGAGCACAUAGCCCUCGGGAUCCUCCAGAACACUGAGAUCUCCCGGGAAUGUGGCAGAAACUUAUCAAAGCAGCCACAUACGGUAUAAACAUGGCUGAACUUUGACAGCUGACGGACGACUAAUGUUUUCUGGCGUGGCACGUUUUGGUACAUGUCCUUGCCUUUUGUGCAAGUGUUUGCCAAUUAAGGCCCUAACAACUCUGUAUUUAAUUCAUCAUUCAAAACAAUUGAUAUCAUUAUCCGAGAUGGAAGGCUUGGAAUAGAAAAUUCAAAAUGGAGACUACCGCGUUAGCUACGUGAAAAGCUCGACAACAGUGUAAAUCACAUCGAUUGUAAACAACAAUGGGAGGACACCAAGGAUUUGACGAUGUUUCUUCCUUGACACAUUUUGGUUGUUUUGGUGUUCUAAGAAUUUUUCCCAAUCUGAAAGAGCUUGUUGCAAUGCAGAAAUGUAAAUCUUAAAAGCAAAUUAAGUUGAGCCUUUCCACUGUAAUUCAUUUCUUUUGCAUGGUGACUGAUCCCAAUUGAUAGUUUGUCAAUGUCCGUUACGAAACACAUUAUUCUGCGAUAAUUUUUCCCCAAUAUUCUGUAUCCAAAGGGUACAUCACACAGGUUAGCACAUUUUCCGAGAAAUAAAAGCAUUUCCUUCACCUGGUUUGUGAUGGCAUAAAAUAGCACCCUUGAUUUUGAGAUUUUCACGUGACUCAGCACAUUUUUCUAAUGUGCCGGAUACACUGAAAAUCCCAAAUGAGCAUUUCAAUCAGGUACUGUUAACCUUUUUAAAUGUAUCUGAUUUACUAUUGCUGCUUUUUUUGUAGUUUACGCUCUGAAUGAACCUACCUGUCUGUCUUUCACGUCUGCUGUAUUUUUAUUUUCGAUGUCAAUUGAGGGUUAAAAGCACUUACUGCUCUGGUUAUGUGCAGUAUAGUAUAUUAAAAAAACACAGUAGGGAGUUUUUCAAAAAGAUCACUGGAGGACAUUGUUACUGCGUGCAUGUACAGGAUGAUUAUUGUUUGAAAAAAAGAAACCACGCAGGCUUUUCAGUUGCUCUUAUGGAAAUGUUUAUGGAAAUUUUUGAAUGGAAUGAAUGUGUGCCUACAGAGGGGAACUAAAGGAGGUUAACAAUGUGGGGAUCAAAAACAACCACGCUUUAAAGUUUAAAAUUAGCCCAGAGAAUCAUUUGUUCUUGUUUAAAGUGUAAUUUACCACAUAUUUACUGUAAACGCUUUCAAAGUGGCUCCGUAAUUGGCCUCCCUAUUUUUUCCCUCCCAGUUGCAAAUCAAGUGUCCAUGUGUGCAGGUCAAAAGAGCCCAAAAGCCUGUAAGACUUUCCAGAACAUCAGGGCUCAUAUUGUUUUCUACCUCACCUUUUCCUCUUUUUUUUUUCUUUUUUGCCAAAGAGCAAGCCCAUUGAUGAGUGGUGGGUGUUAUACUCUCAUUGAGAUAGUCAGUCUUUUGAAAUGUUUGUGUCUUUUGAACCUGGUAAUAUAUCUCCCACAUGUCAAAAGUGUUUAUUUAAAGCAAACAAAUAAAUGGACAAAUGUUUGUAAGA